ACACAAAGACGCCUAUUUCGUCGCCACGAAGAUACCUUCUCUCCUCUUAAAAAGGGCGCCAUUUGCCUUUCAAAAAACAUUUUCCACCACACUAUCACUUAAUUCAAAACCCCAACCCCAAACAUUUCCUUUUUUUCUCCGCAAACCCUAAAACCCUAAACCGUGCCAUGCCCUCUCACUCCUCCUCCACCUUCGAUUCCCUCUCCAAAUCCCAGGACCUAUCAUCCGCCAUCCAAUCCGCCACCACCCCUUCCCAAAUCUCAUCCGCGUGCGCCUCCAUCGAGACUUUCCUGCACUCGCACUCACCCGAUCAGUCCCGCCACUUCUUCUCCCUCGCAUUCCCAACCCUAAUCUCCAAGCUCUUCGGCUUCGACGAUUCUUCCAAUGCCUGGAUCCUCCACCGCCACUCUUCCGCCGACGGCGACCUCUCCCAAACCCUAUUCUCCCUCCUCUCCCCCUCCGGCAACCUCGCCGCCGCCAUCGCCGCCGUCGAUCGCCUCUCCCUCGUCAAAUACGUCUUCCCCGCUGAACGCCUCCCUCACUGGACACGCUCCUUCCUCUCCGACACCGAUUCUCGCUCCCUCUCCGAUCUCUGCCCUUCCCUCUUCAAACCCUCGCCUUCCCCUUCCCAAAUCCAAUUCAACGUCUUCGAAUACUUCUUCUUCUGGUUCGCAUACUACCCCGUUUCGAAAGGCAAAAACGACAACAACGAAUGCGUUUCGGUUAACAAAAGAGUUAAGAAAUUUAGGUUAGAAGAUUGGACUAAUACUUGGACUUCCUCCAUUCCCGGCUUCUCCGCCUCCUCCUCCUCCAAGCGCUGUUCCUCCGAGGGAAAACCUCAGUGCGACUUGUACACGCGCCUCCUCUGCGCGUAUCUACGCGCUUUUGUCCCUUCCUAUGAUUUUCACGCGCACCAGCCUUACCGGACUUCGAUUCUGCACUACGGCUCCGGCUACGACAGUUCUGUUUCGGCGCGGGCCGAGUUCGUGGUCAACGCGCUUAUCCACUUCUGGCUCGUGGACAAUGAUUUCUCGCCGCUGCCGGCGAGUGUUUGCCGGAGCCUCCGAGUUUCGUUUCCGGCGGGGGAGACGCCUCCCCCGCCGGGGCUCGGGGAGGUGGUGAGGCUGUUUGUGAGGUACUUGAAUUUAAGUACUGUGGCGACGUUUCGCGAAAAUGGGGGUGGUGGUGAGUGUGGAACUCCUUGGUGGAGAGCUUUGGAGGGUGCAAAGAGCAAGGAUUUGGGGUCUUUGAGUUCUGUUCGUUCGCUUGGGUGUUGGAACUUCUGCUUGCAGAGGCCUCUGUAUAGGUAUCUGUUGAGAACGUUCUUGUUUUGCCCUAUGGCGGCUUCGGUUAAGAAUGUGUCCCAGGUGUUGUCGGUUUGGGUUGGUUACUUGGAGCCUUGGACGAUGAAUGCGGAUGAGUUUUCGAAUAUGGAUGGAUUUAACGGCGAGAAGAAGGAAGAUUCUGUGCCUGCAAGUGCCGGUGAUGGGUUUUCACCGCAGUGGCAGGACUAUGUUCUCUCUAAUUAUCUAUACUACAGUUCCUUGGUCAUGCAUUUCAUUGGGUUUGCUCACAGGUUUCUUCAUAGUGAUGUUGAAGUUGUAGUCCAGAUGGUGCUCAAGGUGUUAGACACCUUGACAUCAUCUAAAGAGCUCAUUGACCUUCUGAAGACUGUGGAUUCCCUUUUCCAUUCCAAACAAGUAGGGUCAGGCAAAGCAAUGCUGAAUAACUUGUACAGAUAUGUUCCUAUUAUUCAUGAACAGUUGCAGGACUGGGAGGAUGGCUUAUGUGAGACUGAUGCUGAUGGGUCUUUUUUGCAUGAGAAUUGGAAUAAAGAUUUGCGACUUUAUGCUGAUGGGGAGGAUGGUGGACAACAACUACUUCAGUUAUUUAUAUUGCGUGCUGAAGCUGAGUUGCAAGCUAUAUCUGGUGAUAAUCUUGUACCCAGCCUUCGAUGCAUAGAUUCAUUGAAGGCAAAAUUAGGGUGUUUAUUUGAUGGACACGCUAUUAUAAAGUCAUUAUCAACCUGUACUGAACCAAUGCCACAUCAACAAUCCCGUGAUGAGAUAUUCAAGCCUAGAAGAGGAGCUGGCAAUUAUGCAUUUGCAGAUGUUAAAUACAAAGGCGACUGGAUGAGACGUCCCAUUUCCAAUGAUGAAAUUGCAUGGCUUGCAAAAAUUCUCAUUCGGUUGUCUGAUUGGUUGAAUGAGAGUCUUGGACUGAAUCAGGCAGAAAGCAAUCAAGUAAGCUCUACAGUCUCUUAUGUGGAGGUAUCGGCUGAUGUUGCUGCCCACAUAUGGGGACCUUACAAAGCCCUGAAGGUCUUCUUAUGUACCAUUGGUUCUUGGUUUCUCUUCUUGGGUGCUGCUUCUCUGGGUUGCAUGCGAAAACAUGGUCUGAGGGUGAACUUAAGGUUACUGGCCUCCAAGAAGUUUGUGAUGGUUUUUGUUUUAUAUAGUGUUUUUAAAAUAUUGAAAAAACUCAUUCGAUCAUUCAGUGGCAUGCUGGGAAGAAUAUAGAUUUAAUAUGCAAACUGUAUAGAGAUGUGGAAAUUACAAAGAGAAUUUUGUUCAUGCUUCUGUAAUUACAAUGUGGUGGUAACCAACAAAAAAUUGCUAGUCCCCUAUUUUGCUCACUGGCAGUGCGUGUGUUGCAACCGCUCUGUACUAGUUAUAUCGCUCCACAUGGUCAAACCUCGGUUCAGCUAAUGUAAGUAAUUUAUGAUUUCAUAUGAAAGCUGCAAUGAAAGAAUUUAAGGGUAUCAUAUUUUCA